ACACUGGUCCUCAAUGUAUUGAGUAUUCUGUUAACUACAUGUGGGUUACACUUUCUAUUUCAGUCAAGGACAUACAUGAUGAGAUGAAGAUGAGGAUGAGGAGCAUUACUGGCAUGAAAAGCUUCCCCCAUUCACACUUUGGCUACCCCACCCUCCUCUUCCACAGCCCGUCUCCCCCUUCUUUACCCAGACGACAGGAACACCACCCCCGUCAUCCGCCUUCUCCCGCCUCAACCCCCCUACACUUCCUCCGCUUCCUCCUUCCCCCCGUCCUCUCCAUUUUCCACACCAGUACCUCCAACCUCCUCAACCACAGCACCCAGUGCCUCCAACCUCCUCAACCACAGCACCCAGUGCCUCCAACCUCUUCAACCACAGCACCCAGUACACCUCCAACCUCCUCAACCAUGGCACCCAGUACCUCCAACCUCCACAACACCACAGCACCCAGUACACCUCCAACCUCCUCAACCAUGGCACCCAGCACCUCCAACCUCAUCAACCAUGGCACCCAGCACCUCCAACCUCCUCAACCAUGGCACCCUGUUUUCUAUCAUAUUUUGUAA